UAGUCCAGACCCGGCGCGGAAGUUGGUGGCGUCCGCGCGCUCUCUGGUCAAGGCCUGCGGCCAUGUCCUCAGGGGGCGCCGGGUCCGGCGGGCGGGAGGGGGCCCCGCGCACGGCUGCGGCGCUGUGUGGCCUGUACCACGAGGCCGGGCAGAGGCUGAGGCGCCUGCAGGACGAGCUGGCCGCGCGGGACGCCCUCAUAGAGCGCCUCCGCGCCCGCCUGGCCGCGCUCGAGGGGGACACGGCACCCUCGCUCGUGGACGCGCUCCUGGAACAGGUGGCGCGCUUCCGGGAGCAGCUCCGGCAGCGGGAGGGCGGCGCCGCGGAGGCCGCGCUGCGCCAGGAAAUUCAAAGGCUUUCUGAGCAGUUAGAAGAAAAAGAGAAGGAGAAGCAGCAGCUGAUGAGCCAGCCGGAGCUCGAGCGAGAGAAGGAAGUCGCCCUGCUGCGGCGGAGCGUGGCAGAGAAGGAACGAGCCCGGGCCGCCAGCGACAUUCUGUGCCGCUCCUUGGCCGACGAGACCCAUCAGCUGCGGAGGACUCUGGCCGCCACCGCCCACAUGUGCCAGCAUCUGGCCAAGUGUCUGGAUGAACGACAGCGCGCACAGGGGGACUCCGGGGAGAAAGGUCCUGAGCCAGAGCAUACAGGUGGAGACACCUGUGUCCAGGAUGUUAUCGAAAAGUUACAGGAAGAAAACCGACUGUUGAGACAGAAGGUGACUCAUGUAGAAGACCUAAACGCCAAGUGGCAGCGCUAUGACGCCAGCAGGGAUGAGUACGUGAGGGGGCUCCACGCGCAGCUUCAGGGGCUGCAGGCCCCCUGUGAGUCUGAGAGACCCUCCCCUCCCGAGCUGAUGAGGAAGGAGAUCUCCAGGCUCAACAGGCAGCUGGAGGAGAAGAUAAGCGACUGCGCAGAGGCGAGGCAGGAGCUGACGGCCGUGCGGAGGGCCCACAACGAGGCGCUGGAGCGGGUGCAGAUGCUGGAGCAGCAGAUUCUCGCUUACAGAGACGAUUUCACCUCGGAAAGGGCCGAUCGAGAGCGCGCUCAGGGCAGGAUCCAGGAGCUGGAGGAGCAGGUGGCCGCCCUGCGGCACCAGGCGUCCCGGAGGCAGGACUGUCGGGAGCCGGGCUCCUGCCGGCAGCAGGCGGUGAGCAACGCCUCCAAGCGCUUAGAGACCGAUGCCUUGGAGCUCCCAGCACCCGGUGGCCGGAGGGCCAGGCCUGGCUCUCAGGGGCCGGACCUCUCCGCUGAGGGCAGGCGGCCCGGCGCGGGCCGAAGAGGGCAGGGCGAGCUCCAGUGCCCUCACUGCCUGCAGCGCUUCGACGACGAGCAGGGCGAGGAGCUCUUCAGGCACGUGGCCGAGUGCUGCCAGUGACCCUGCGGCGUCCGAGGGGACUGGGCGCUGGGCGGCGGGCAGAGUGCCCCCAAGACCUGGGGCCCAGGACAGGCUGGAGGGGAUUCUGAUCCUUCACUCUGCUAUCCUUGUUGGUGGAACAGGCCGGGUCGGAGGGAACUUCGGUGGGGCAUCUGCACGAGGGAGGCCCUGGCUGUCGGGCCGAGCAGGAGCGGGGUUCGCCCGAACACUCAGAGGCAAGGCGACGACCCUGCUCAGCCAGUGCCGGGGCCGCUGCCCCUCGCUGGGAGCAGGUGGUGCCUGUGGGGGCCGCACGUGGGGCCCCGAGUUCUGCGGAGUCGGAACCCGGAGGUUUAUAGACUGAGCGCUGUGGCAACACGUCGCACAUGAGGACUGUUCUCAGCUACCGCAGAGCCACAUGUCCCUACUGAAAUGCACUGCAAUAGCGUUUGUCACAUAUCUCAAAGUCAAAAGACAUUUCACGUUUACUUAUUUUUAUAAUAAAUGCACUUGCUACGGUGACUGAUCUUGAGAA